AUGCGUGAAAACGGCUCUUUACGAUCCGCACGUUCAGUGUCGUCUCUCAACUCGGUGGACAGCUCGGCGACUGUCCAGCCAUCAGACCGAGACGUGCCGGUCAACGCGCCCUCCGUCUAUCCCCGCACUGCGUCUGCCACGGCCUCUACCACAUCCACAAGUGCCGGGGCCAGCUCUGUGGGCGCCAGUACCUCCAGUGGCAGCAUUUCCAGCAUCCCCAACUCCUCAUCCUCCUCGUCUAUUGCUCCUAAGCGAGUGAAUGGCGGUGGUGCGCCCACAACCGCAGCCCCAACUGCAGUCUCAGGCGCUACAGGUGUCUCGAGUGUUACACAGGGACCUACGGGCACACCUGGCAGAUCUGUUUCUACCGCCAUCCAAGCAGCCACCACUCCAGCUCCAUCAACCUCUGCACCCCAGAUCUCAUCAGCAGCUGCAUCAAACAAUACCAACAACAACAACAAUAACAAUAACGCCACUACGGCUACAAAUGCUCCUGCGGAUCCCCCCAGACGUCGAACUCGAAACACGUCUGCAUCUUCCGCCAGCGAGCUGGGAAUCACGCCCGCGCGUACCCAAUAUUGUGUUGUUAUCGUACUGUCUCCCAGAAACAACACGUUUGACCGCAAGUCUCUAGUACUUCCAUUCUAUCCCGAAGUGCUCAAACUAGGCCGUCAGACGUCUCAAAAGACUCUACCCUCACCCGACAAUGGCUACUUCGACUCGAGGGUGCUGUCACGACAACACGCGGAGAUCUGGGCCGACAAACUGACACGAAAAGUAUGGAUGAAGGACGCAAAGUCCUCCAACGGAACAUAUAUCAAUGGCGAGCGUCUGAGCCAAGAUGGACGAGAAUCGGAACCCCACGAGCUCAAGCGAAACGAUCUGCUCGAGCUCGGAAUCGACAUCGCCAAUAACGAUGGCUCGGCUCUUCUACACCGUAAAAUCAGCGCAGUGGUGGAACGAAUCAGUGUCAUGAGUCUGCAGUCAGGAGACUCGUCUCUCACGCAGGUCAAUGUCCUGAGCAACGGCAGUGGAGUGGUCUCUCAAAACAACGGUGGGAACAACCAGCAACUAACGCAAAACCAGACACUUACCUCACAAGGCCAGCAGACACUGAUUGGUCCUCCUUCUCGAGCACGUCCCAAGAAGGCCGAGGCUCUUGAUGUUGCACUUUUCGGAGAUGUGGACACUUCUCUGGAGGAUCUUGCUCUGGGCCACUCUCGCAACUCGGUCGGGGGUCUCUUCAUGAAGUCAGGCAUCUCUUCGUCGUCCAACAUUGAGAAUGCAGUAAAAACUCUCGCUGAACAAAUCCACAGCACGCGUGUGGAGACAGCCAAGCUGGAAAGUGUGCGCAAGAUGCUAUCGCAGAUCCAAAGCCAGCAGAAGAAACACAAAAGUCUUAAGGACGAACGAAACGAGCAGAUGAAAGAGUAUGCUAGUGUGGAGCUGCAGCAGCGAGUGCGGGAGCUCGAAGCUGAGGUGAAACAGGGUAAAGAAAAGAUUCGCGACUUGGAAACAGAACUCGAGCGAACACGAGCAGUUGGAACUGCCUCCGGAGCUGCCGGCGUGGCUACAGCAGCAGGAGUUGUUGGAGCUGUUUCCAACCCUUCUUCUGACAGUGAGGUGUUGACACAGCUUAAAAGAGAAGUCACUGAUACAAAGGCUGAAAACUCCCGGCUGCGAGAACGAGCGGAGGUUGCUGAGCAACAAGCAGAGUCUUCCACCAUUCAGCUGUCCCUGAUUGAGCAGCAGCUGGACGAGUACAAGCAGCAGCUGGACCACCACAAGCAGCAACUGGAUGAGCAUAAGGACAACAAGCCACACAAGAAGCAGAUGUUUGCGUCAUUAACAGUGUUGGUGCUGGGAAUUGGGUUUGUCGUGGCCAACAAGUUUUUCCGAGAACACAUUGAUCGGUGGGUAGCUGGAAUCACCGGCGUAGGAUCUGCAGCUGUAUAG